UCCUUUCUCUCUCUCUCUGCAAUAUCCUUGAGCUAGAAGGCAACUCUGGUGGCUCCAGCAUUCAGCCAUGAAGACCUCUGCCCCUCUACUUCUCCUGUUGGUGCUGCUGUCAGUCCCAGGACCAACUACCACCACCAACAUACUUUGUAAUGGUGUCUGCAAGCAACGCUGUUCAGCUGGAGAAUAUGAGUCUUCUUUAGACCCCUGCCAGGAAUCUGGUCACGUCUUCUGCUGCAAAGAGGAAGGAUCCACUCCCACCCUGAACGAUAAUUGUAGCGGUCACUGCUCACGAUCAUGUUCAAAUAGAGAAUACGUGGCUUCAUUAGACCGCUGUGAUCUACCUGGUUAUGUCUUCUGUUGUAGAAAGAUAGGACCCGUCAUAAAUGAUUAUUGUAAAGGUAGCUGCAAACCAAGUUGUUCAAGUACAGAAUAUGUGGCUUCAACAGCCUUCUGCCAUCAUCCUGCUAUGGUCUACUGCUGUGCAAAGAAAGCUAAUAUUUCUCCAGGAUCUACUCACACCCAGAAGAAAGAAUGUAAAGGUCGCUGCAAGCCACGUUGUUCAAGAGAUGAAUAUGAGGGUUUUGGAAUGACUUGCCAUAAUAUUGAGCAUGCAUACUGCUGCAAAGGGACAGGUAACAUCCCUAAUUUUUGCUAUGGAACACAACUAUUUUGAUGGGAUUUUGGGCUGAGGCACUCAGAGGGUGAGACAUUUUCAUUACUGUGAAGCAGAGUGGGAGAACGAGAAAUUAGCUUUGACAAAGCAAUUAUAUUUCAAACAUUUCCAGUUGCAAAAAAGCAACACCUUAGUUAAGUAUUCAUUCUUUCAUUCUUUAUGGAUUUCAACACAAGAAGCGUUUUAUGGAAGAGAGAUGAUACCGUAUUGGCCC